AUGCCCAAGAACAAGGGAAAGGGCGGCAAGAACCGCAGAAGAGGAACAAAGGAAAAUGAUGACCAGCGCCGAGAGUUGACCUUCAAGGAGGACGGCCAGGAGUACGCCCAGGUCAUCAAGAUGCUCGGCAACGGGCGCCUCGAGGCCUUGUGCUUUGACGGCAGCAAGCGCCUUGCCAACAUCCGCGGCAAGAUGCGCAAAAAGGUCUGGAUCAACCAGGGCGACAUCAUCCUCCUCUCGCUCCGCGAUUUCCAGGACAACAAGGGCGACGUCAUCCUCAAGUAUACCGCCGACGAGGCUCGAUCUCUCAAGUCGUACGGCGAACUGCCCGAGCACGCCAAGAUCAACGAGACGGAUUCCUUUGGACAGGGCGAAGAUGGCGAGGCUUACUUCGAGUUCGGCGACGCUGAUUCGGAAGAGGACUCUGACGAGCCGGGGGUCAAGAAGGAGGUCGAUAUCGACGACAUCUAA